GCACAACUCAGUACUAAAUGCAACUCAAUAGAUAAUAAAUAGUCAUGUGAUCAGUGGGCUGUCAGAAGAGGCUUAGCUACAGGCACCUCAGGACAGCUAUGAAGGGUCCUGACGCCUGAGCUGUUGCCUGGCAACCAGACGCUAACAAUCACUUCUAGUUGCGGUGUCGCACGGAGAUAUGGCGGGGACUGCUGCAAAGGAAAAGGCACCACGGGACGAGGUCUCUCUGAACGCGAUACACCGGGAGACCAUCCGCAAAGAGAACCGCUGCCAGAAACUGGUCACCGAAUACAGCAUCAACCCCUUCCGCAAGUUUGAUGCAAUACCUGGAAAGCCAAUGUCUUGGCAUGAUAAUCAGAAUGAAGCAGCAGACGAAAGCUUCUUGAAGAUAAUUCAUCACACUGCUUUGGAACCAACAAAAAAGUACACAGAGCCACAAACCACAAACCAGGAAAUUGGCUGGAUUACAACACCCCUGAUACAGGUUGAUCGAACAGAUCGACGACUGAAUCACCACAGACAGAACACAGAGAUCACCUCUUAUAUGGAGACAGCAUGGCGCCUUAAAGAACAGAGCCAGAACAUGAAGUAAAGGAGCGGGAGUGUAACGCUGGGUGCAAAACACCAGUCAUGUAUUUUGUCACCACUUACAGGGCGCAAUUAAGUUUUUGUUUUUUUCCUUUCAACAAACUGUGGUGACAUUCACUUAAAGAGACAGUACAGUUAUCUCAUCAGUGAAGCACUAAGUCUGUAAUAAAAAAACUAUUAUAAAAUCAUGUCACUGUCACUUUGCACAAAAUUAAGGUUUUGCAAAUCAAGAGCAGUUCAGAUUGGAAUUCAUGUUCUUGGGAUACUUUGCACAAGCCUGUGUCUGGUGCUGUGACCUACACAAUCACUGUUGAUGGGGGCAUAACGACCUCUUUGAAGGAACUGGGACCAGCACAAUUUUUCAGAAAAAACAACCAACCAAUGCUCCAUGCCCCGCACCAAUGUAACAAACAUUUGUGUUACUGAAAUAUUUAUUGGGAUUGCACCAAAUAUCAGUAAUUAAAACUAAAUGUGAAUAUACUUUAUUUUAUGUUUUUCCCCAGCAGCUAAAAAACUUGCAGGAACAAAAUCUCCCAUUGUUAUUUUUUUUCAAAAUCUACAUAGUGUCAGUGUUCUUUAUUUAAAAAAAUGAAUUCAUAUUGCUCUAAGGCAUGGGAUUUUAUAUAGGACGUACAGUAGAAGCCAGAUAAAGAGUAUUAGUAUAAAGAUAUAUGUAAAAUAAUACAAACUGUUUGCAGCCUGAAGUGAAUUCAAGUGAACCCCUAAGCUCUUGGGGUUUGCCAAGCCCUGCUAGCAGUUCCUUUGGUGCAUACUAUAGAUCAGUGGGUGUUUUGCAAUUAAGGCCAUAUUUAAAUAUGCUAAUUAGUAUUGACGUCUGUAAGUAAUAUAUAGUUGAAAUAAAGUUUUAUUGACAAAUGCGCAUACAAACUGUACGGUUUUAUAAACAGGAUUCUGUUAUUUCAUUUUUUUGUCCUUUGAAAUAAAAGGAAAAUAAAUCUCUGAA